AUGGCAUCUAACAGCCUUUUCAGCUCGAUCACUCCGUGUCAGCAAAACUUCUUCUGGGAUCCGAGCAGCAGCAGGAGGUUCAGUCCACCGGCUAACGGAGUGCAGACGCUGCCGGGGAAAGCGGCGGAUGCGAGCGCGGCUGUUGCGGCGGCACAGCACGAAGCGAACACUGGGGCGGCUGCGGUACCCAGACUGCGCGCCCACGAUAACCGCACCAUGGUGGAAAUCAUCGCCGAUCAUCCUGCCGAGCUGGUGCGCACAGACAGCCCAAAUUUCCUCUGUUCAGUCCUGCCGUCUCACUGGAGGUGUAACAAGACCCUGCCGGUCGCAUUCAAGGUUCUUGCACUAGGAGAUGUUCCUGAUGGAACUGUGGUCACAGUUAUGGCAGGAAACGAUGAGAACUACUCUGCCGAGCUACGCAACGCCUCUGCCGUCAUGAAGAACCAAGUGGCACGUUUUAACGACCUGAGGUUUGUUGGGAGAAGUGGCAGAGGAAAGAGCUUCACUCUGACAAUUACAGUAUUCACCAACCCGCCCCAAGUGGCUACUUACCACCGAGCCAUAAAGGUCACAGUGGAUGGACCACGCGAGCCAAGACGACACAGACAAAAGCUGGAGGACCCUCCGAAGCCAGGACUGUUCCAAGAACGUCUGAGUGAACUUGAACGUCUGCGCCACAGUACCAUGAGAAUCACCGUGCCCACACAAAGCCCCCGGCCAUCUAUCAACACUGCAGCCAACUCGUUCAGCCCGCAGGGACAGACCCAGAUCACAGAUCCACGGCAUGCCCAGUCAUCCCCGCCAUGGUCUUAUGAGCAGCCUUACACACCCUACCUGAGCCAGAUGACUUCUCCCUCCAUCCACUCUACCACUCCACUCUCCUCCACCCGAGCCACAGGCCUGCCUGCCAUCAGUGAUGUGCCCAGACGCCACUCAGGUAAUCUCUCUCCUCUCUCUCUUACAGGUGCGUCAGACCUGAGUCCUUUUGCUGCCGACCCGCGUCAGUUCGAGCGCCAGUUUUCCAGCCUGUCCUCACUGACUGAGGCCCGUUUCUCCAAUCCCAGGAUGCACUACCCAACUACCUUCACAUACACGCCAACCCCCGUGACCUCUGGCAUGUCCCUAGGCAUGUCCAGCACCACUCCCUAUCACACCUACCUACCCCCUCCAUACCCGGGCUCCACCCAGAACCAGAGCGGGCCUUUCCAAACCAGUAGCACGCCGUACCUGUACUAUGGCACUUCAUCUGGAUCGUACCAGUUCUCCAUGGUGCCGGGAGGGGAGCGUUCGCCCACAAGGAUGCUGCCGCCGUGCACCAGCGCCUCCACGGGGAUCAACCCCAACCUGCCCACUCAGACUGAGGUAACUGAAGCUGACGGCAGCCACAGCAGCUCACCAACUGCACUUAACUCCAGCGGGAGGAUGGACGAGUCAGUGUGGCGACCAUAUUAAAAGAGUCGAAUACAUCAAGAGGGUUAGCUGAGCUUCUAAAUCGGCUCAGCUCAAAUAAGCAUCACAGUGCAA